GAGCAUCGACUCUCAUUCUGCGAGUCUAGGUGAAGAAAAAAAGCAACGAGAAAGAGAAGACGAUUAAUAUUCUCGUUCGGCCUCGAGUCGCGUCGCAUUAUUUGUGUCAAAAACGCAUCUACCUCGCAAAAUGGGCCUCUGAUAUAAAUAGAUAAGCGCGGAGUGAGUAUAUAAGCGAGCUUAUAAACGCUUGUUAUCGUAGAACUGUAAUUCAUUCGAAUACACGUCAGUCAACCAGCAGGAUGUCCUACGGAGGAAUAAACGAGAACAUUCACGAAUACGCAAGGGAGAAAAAUGCUAUUAUCGUCGAUCUACGAAGCGAUACACUUACGAAACCAACCGCAGAGAUGAGAAAAGCUAUGUACGAGGCAGAAGUAGGAGAUGAUGUCUAUGACGAAGAUCCUACGGUAAAAGAACUACAAAAAAGGGCUGCGGAAUUGCUUGGAAAAGAAGAUGCGCUUUUUGUUAGCUCUGGUACGAUGGGAAACUUGAUCGCCGUUAUAAAUCAUUGCGAUGUACGUGGCAGCGAAGUCUACUGCGGAAAUGAAUCGCAUGUGUUUCUUCACGAACAAGGUGGUUCGGCGCAGAUAGCCGGCGCGACUCUCUGUCUCCUGCCUAACAACGCUGACGGUACGUUCGAUCUGAAAAGUCUCGUUAGCGCCAUUCGCACGGACCGAAUACACGAACCGAUUUCGAAGCUGAUCAUAGUGGAGAAUACGAUAAAUGGAAAGGUCGUACCUCAGUCAUGGAUCAAGGAAUUGAUGAUGAUAGCGAAAAAGCAUAAUCUUAAGAUGCAUUUGGAUGGGGCACGACUGUGGAAUGCCUCGGUCGCGUCCAAGAUCUCGGCGAAGGAACUAGUCGCUCCGUUCGACUCGGUUACUUUUUGCUUGAGCAAAGGAUUGGGUGCUCCCGUGGGGUCCGUGCUUUGUGGAAGCAAGAGUUUCAUCGCUGAUGCGAGGAGAAGACGCAAGGUUUUGGGUGGCGCCAUGCGACAGGUCGGUGUGAUCGCCGCGGCCGGACUCGUCGCCUUGGAACAGACAGUGCCACGGCUAGUACACGAUCACAAAAAAGCGUUAAUUAUUGCGGAGGCGAUCAAUCAGUUGAAUUCCAAAAUAUUCAGCGUAGACCUAAAAACCGUUCACACCAACAUGAUAUUCGUGAACGUGAAUAUCAACAGCGGCGCUUCUGCACAGAUUCUUAUGAAGAGGCUUCAUCAAGUGAAUGAUUCCAACGAAGAUGACAAGAUCAUAAUCAGAUGUCUAGCUCUCACGGAAAGAAUGCUCAGAAUGGUUCUUUAUUAUGAUAUCGAUGAUUCGAUGGUGAUUGCUGCUAUUCGUAAGCUAAGAUACGUCAUUAAGCAACUAGAUAUUUCUUUUAAAACUAAUAAUUAAGAUAUCAUUAAGAGAUAUUAUUAAUAAAGUAUUAAAUAUUAUCUUAAUAUACAUAUUAAGAUACCUAUAUUUAAAUAAUAAAAUAUUCAUUUGGCUAAGUUUCUGAUAUUGAUAUAUAGCAUAUAUAUUUCUUCCAAAAUCUGAUAAAAAUGCAAAAUACACAAUCGAAUCCACUUUAAAAAAUAGGAUUUAGAUUUUGUCUUUGCUUUAUUGUUAUGCAUGAAAAUAAAGUUAUGAAAUAGUUUGAAUAAUAAUAUUCAAUAAAUAUCAAAUAAUUAUCUUGAAACAUGUUUCUCAUUAAAAUAUCAUAAAUACUUAUUAACCUUAA